AUGAGUCCAAUAGUUCAAGAAAAUGUGUCUAUGACACCCUUUGAAGGGAAUGUUUCUACAACUCCAUCUGAAUCAGAUAUGAAGUUUUAUUAUGAAAGAUUAUUACCAUUUCGCUAUGUUUUCCAAUGGUUAAGUCAUUCCCCAAAACCAACUAAGGAUUUCACCAUGAGAGAGUUUGCCUAUGAAUACAGAAAUAAAAUAUACCAGCGUUAUAAUUCAUUUGGAACAUUAGAAGAGUUUAAAAAGUCUGUGGUCACUGCCAAUCCAACACGUUUUGAAGUUGGUGCUGUUUACAAGAUCAACCCAAAAGAACGUAAGAAUUUGCCUAAAACAGCUUUCAAACCAGAAAGUAAGGAAUUGGUUUUCGAUAUUGAUUUAACAGAUUAUGAUGAUAUUAGAACUUGCUGUCAGGGUACUGAUAUUUGUUGCAAGUGUUGGAAGUUUAUUCAAGUAGGAUCUAAAAUCAUUGAAACUGCUUUGAGAGAAGACUUUGGGUUUGAACAUAUGGUGUGGGUGUUUUCCGGUAGAAGAGGGGCACACUGUUGGAUCAGUGAUAAAAGAGCCAGAGAAUUGGACGAAUCCAGCAGAAGAGCAAUAGUUGAAUAUUUGGAUGUGUUAGGUGCAAAGACUCAACAAGGAACACUAAACCUCAGAAAACCAUUGCACCCUCAUGUGGAAAGAGCAUUUGAAAUUGUUAAGAAGGAGUUUGCAACGGUGAUUUUGCAAGAGCAGGAUCCAUGGGGCACACAGCCUGGUCAAGAAGCAGAGAGUAAAGCAUGGAAGCAAACCGAAGAAUUGUUGAAAUUUAUUCCUAGCAAGCCUUUGCAAAUCGAGUUGAGAAACAAAUGGAAGGCUAGCAAAAGUUACUCUUCAUCACAAGAUAAAUGGGAUGAUAUAAAUAAAGUUGCGUCACAAGUACUUAAAUCAAACGCACAGGUCAGUACCCUUAAUGACUCCAAGAAAGAUAUAAUUAUUUAUUACAUGUAUCCUAGAUUGGAUGUACAAGUCUCGAAACAAGUCAUCCAUUUGUUGAAAUCUCCAUUUUGUAUUCAUCCUGGAACUGGUAACGUUUGUGUGCCUUUUGAUCCUUCUAGUAAUAUUUCGGGCAACCCUGCUGAUGAUGAUUAUGGAUUUAAUCCAAUGACAGCACCUAAUUUGCGUCUUCUACAAACAGAAUUGGAAACUUGGGAAGACAAUCACAAGGAUAAUGUCGAACCAAACAAUUCCACUACUAGAUUACCUGAUUAUGAUAGAACAAGUUUGAAGCCAUAUAUAGACUAUUUUGCCAAGUUUGUUAAUAAUUUAUUGAAAGAUGAAUUGAAAGGAAGUGAGAAGAGAGCAAGAGAAGAAGAUCCAUUGAGUUUUUAA